AUGUCACAAGCCGAGGAACCGAUGGACACAGCAGAUGUGGGUGAUACUUCUAAUAGCUCGUCAAGUGACACACCAUCCUCGAGGGGCAAGGAAGGCGACUUUGAAAGUAAAAUUGAAACUGAUCGUGCCAAGAGAUUUGAUUUUUUACUUAAACAAACGGAAAUCUUUUCUCAUUUUAUGACAAAUACUCCCAAAUCUGGUAGUAGUCCUCCGAAACCUAAAGCUGGAAGACCACGAAAGAUCAAAGAACCAGAGCCUAGUGGUCCGGGGGAUCAUCGCCAUCGAAAGACAGAACAAGAAGAAGAUGAAGAAUUGCUUGCUGAAACAAAUAUUAAACAGAAGACAAUAUUUCGCUUUGAUGCAUCUCCACAUUAUGUUAAGAAUGGAGAAAUGCGAGAUUACCAAGUACGAGGAUUAAAUUGGAUGAUUUCUUUAUAUGAAAAUGGAAUAAAUGGAAUAUUAGCUGAUGAAAUGGGUCUUGGAAAGACAUUGCAAACUAUUUCACUAUUGGGUUAUAUGAAACAUUUUAAGAAUGUUCCUGGUCCACACAUAGUCAUUGUGCCAAAAUCUACUCUUACAAACUGGAUGAAUGAGUUUAAGAAAUGGUGUCCAUCUUUAAGAGCAGUCUGUCUUAUUGGAGAUCAAGAAACAAGGAACAUAUUUAUAAGGGAAACUCUAAUGCCUGGCAAUUGGGAUGUUUGUAUUACAUCUUAUGAAAUGAUUAUAAGGGAGAAGUCAGUAUUUAAGAAGUUCAACUGGCGGUACAUGGUUAUAGACGAAGCUCAUCGUAUCAAAAAUGAAAAAUCCAAAUUGUCGGAACUAUUGCGUGAGUUUAAAAGCAUGAAUAGGCUUUUACUGACUGGAACUCCACUGCAGAACAAUCUCCAUGAAUUAUGGGCCCUACUUAACUUUCUUUUGCCUGAUGUAUUCAAUAGUUCGGAUGAUUUUGAUGCAUGGUUUAACACAAAUGCAGCUUUAGGUGACAAUCAAUUAGUGUCUCGACUGCAUGCUGUUUUGAGGCCUUUCUUACUAAGACGUCUAAAGUCUGAAGUAGAGAAAAAGCUAAAGCCCAAGAAGGAACUGAAAGUGUAUGUUGGACUUAGCAAAAUGCAAAGAGAGUGGUACACGAAAGUACUAAUGAAGGAUAUUGACGUUGUGAAUGGAGCGGGUAAAGUAGAGAAGAUGCGAUUGCAAAACAUAUUGAUGCAGUUGCGUAAAUGUUGCAACCACCCAUACCUGUUCGACGGCGCCGAGCCCGGCCCGCCAUACACCACGGACGAGCAUUUAGUAUACAACUGCGGGAAGCUUGCCAUCCUAGAUAAACUCCUGCCCAAACUGCAGGAACAAGAGUCCAGGGUACUGAUCUUCUCACAGAUGACAAGGAUGCUGGACAUCCUGGAGGACUAUUGCUUAUGGCGGCAGUAUAAAUAUUGUCGUCUAGAUGGUCAGACACCACACGAAGAUAGAAACAGGCAAAUAGAAGAAUACAAUGCCGAGGGAAGUGAAAAAUUUGUAUUCAUGUUGUCAACUAGGGCCGGUGGUCUCGGUAUCAACUUAACAUCAGCUGAUGUGGUCAUUAUUUACGAUUCGGAUUGGAACCCACAAAUGGACUUGCAGGCUAUGGACAGAGCCCAUCGUAUUGGACAAAUGAAACAGGUUCGAGUGUUCCGUCUAAUAACAGAGAACACGGUAGAGGAGAAGAUUGUGGAGCGAGCUGAAGUGAAGCUGCGGUUAGACAAACUGGUGAUACAAUCUGGUCGCCUCGUAGAUACAAAGAACCAACUCAACAAGGACGAAAUGCUGAACAUGAUUCGUCAUGGCGCCAACCACGUGUUCUCUUCUAAGGAUUCGGAGAUCACCGAAGAGGAUAUUGAUUCUAUUCUAGCUAAGGGUGAAUCAAAGACAGAGGAGUUGAAACAGAAAUUAGAAAGCCUAGGAGAGUCUUCACUGCGAGCGUUCUCAAUGGACACGCCGGGGGCCACCACCGACUCUGUGUAUCAGUUUGAAGGCGAGGAUUACAGAGAGAAGCAGAAGAUAAUACCGAUGGGUAGUUGGAUAGAGCCGCCCAAGAGGGAGCGCAAGGCCAACUACGCCGUGGACGCCUACUUCCGCGAGGCGCUGCGCGUGUCCGAGCCCAAGGCGCCCAAGGUACAGGCUCCAAGGCCACCAAAGCAGCCAAUCGUUCAAGAUUUCCAAUUCUUUCCACCGCGACUCUUCGAACUAUUGGACCAAGAGAUAUAUCACUAUCGUAAAACACUUGGGUAUAAAGUGCCGCGUAACCCCGAGUUGGGUCCGGACGCGGCGAAAAUACAACGGGAGGAGCAACGCAAGAUCGAUGACGCGGAAGCUCUCUCCGAGGAGGAGGUGCAGGAGAAAGAGCAGCUGCUCACACAAGGAUUUACGAAUUGGACCAAACGUGACUUCAAUCAGUUUAUUAAAGCAAAUGAAAAAUAUGGCAGAGAUGAUAUAGAAAAUAUUGCUAAAGAUGUUGAAGGCAAAACACCUGAAGAGGUAAUGGAGUACUCUGCCGUGUUUUGGGAACGAUGUCAUGAAUUGCAAGACAUAGACAGAAUAAUGGGUCAGAUAGAAAGGGGUGAGGCGAAGAUUCAGCGGAGAGCGUCUAUCAAGAAAGCGCUGGACGCUAAGAUGGCGCGCUACAGAGCUCCCUUCCACCAACUCAGAAUCUCAUACGGAACUAACAAGGGCAAGAAUUAUGUUGAAGAAGAAGACAGGUUUUUAGUGUGCAUGUUGCACAAACUGGGUUUCGAUAAAGAGAACGUGUACGAAGAGCUGCGCGCGGCCGUGCACGCCGCGCCGCAGUUCCGCUUCGACUGGUUCCUCAAGUCACGUACAGCGAUUGAACUACAACGCAGGUGUAAUACUCUUAUAACAUUAAUAGAGAGGGAAAACCAAGAAUUGGAAGAGAAAGAAAGGGCUGAAAAGAAAAAGAAAAGUGGAAAUGCCAAUCAAAAUACACCCGGAAAUGCGACUGGCAAGGGUGCCAAUGCUGGCAAGCGCAAGGCUGACAACACUCCAGACACGGCUCAAAAGAACAAGAAAAAGAAGAAA